UUGCUUCCGGGUCUUGGGCUUUGGCCCUGGGCGCAGAGGUUUCUGGGAGCUAUCAAGCACAAUGGCGUCUGUAUGAUUUUCCGCGAGUGUAGCAUCGGACGUCUUCCUAGCGUUAAAGAUGACGACAGCAGCCAGACCAACUUUUGAACCUGCAAGAGGUGGAAGAGGAAAAGGGGAAGGUGAUCUGAGCCAACUCUCAAAGCAGUAUUCCAGCCGAGACUUACCUUCCCAUACAAAGAUAAAAUAUAGGCAAACUACUCAGGAUGCCCCUGAAGAGGUUCGUAACCGGGACUUCAGGAGAGAGCUGGAAGAGAGAGAGAGAGCUGCUGCCAGAGAGAAAAAUAGGGAUCGUCCAACCCGGGAACAUACAACUUCCUCUUCAGUGUCCAAGAAGCCUCGGUUAGACCAGAUUCCUGCUGCCAACCUUGACGCAGAUGAUCCUCUAACAGACGAGGAAGAUGAAGAUUUUGAAGAGGAAAGUGAUGAUGAUGACACUGCAGCUCUUCUUGCAGAACUGGAAAAAAUUAAAAAAGAAAGAGCUGAAGAGCAGGCCAGGAAGGAACAAGAACAAAAAGCUGAAGAAGAGAGAAUCCGUAUGGAAAACAUUCUGAGUGGAAACCCUCUGCUUAAUCUCACUGGCCCGUCUCAGCCUCAGGCCAACUUCAAAGUUAAAAGAAGCACAAAGUGGACCAAGACACAAAUGAAAUAACUUGCAUCAGUUUCUGUCCACUGUGGCGUCUCCGUAUUCUGGAUUCAUAGUAAAAGAGCAAUGCAUGCCUGCAUAACGAAGCACCGUGGCCCAUGCCUGAUUUACACUCUGAUCCCCAGAUAUCAUGUUUACCUUUGUCUUCACUGUCAUUCCAACAAAUCUCCAGCAACGAGAAGCAGAAUUCUGUGUAAUGAGCUUCAAGCUAGCUGCAGCACAUUGUAACAGGAUGACUUUCAACAAGAUGAUGGAGCACAGAGACUGGGCCCAGGUAACAGCUGUAACAUGGGUAAAUGACAACUUGCU